AGUUUUUCAAUUUUCUUGCAAGACAAAAGAAGUUUUCAAACUCAGUUUUUUUCUGUUAGGGGGUGGAGAGGUAGUAGAUAAAUAUUAUAAGUAAAAAUGGCUGGAAAAAAUGGGAAAAUGUCAGUGGGUCAUCGGAUUCUCACGAUGAAUUUUCAUAAUGAGGUUAAAUUUUCCGAUCAAGCAGCUGCCAGUUUUGCCGAUAUGGAUUUCGGGUAUUUCCAGGAAAAUGAUCAAAAACCUUCUGAUGGAAUUUGUCAUGAUGAUAUUGACGAUGAAGAGGAUAAAAAUCCAAUUAAUGUUGCUGAGAGUAAACAAUAUUGGGAUGAUCAAAAUCAGCUUCUCCAAGCAACUUUAAUAAGGACUAGUUCUAUAGAGUCGAAAAUCAGGCAGAUAACAAAAGAGGGAAUGAGAGAAUACGUAUUAGCAGGAGAGAAAUGUGUUUGCCGUAGACCAGUUAUUGGCGGAGGAUGUCGGAGCUGUAUGAGAAGAGAGAUUUGUGAACGACUUGGUAAUGCCGGUUUCAACAGUGCUAUUUGUACGUCUAAAUGGAGAAAAUCGCCAGAUAUUCCAUCAGGGGAACACACAUAUUUGGAUGUUAAAGACAAAUCAGAUCCAAAAAAAGGUGAAAUAAGAGUAGUAGUUGAAUUGAAUUUUCGAGCAGAAUUCGAAAUGGCGAGAGCAAGUGAAGAUUAUAACAAGUUGAUAAAUAGACUUCCUGAAGUAUUCGUCGGGAAAGCAGAAAGAUUACGAACACUGAUUAAGGUUUUGUGUUCAGCCGCCAAAAAAUGUAUGAAAGAAAACAAAAUGCACAUGGGACCAUGGAGGAAACAAAAAUACAUGCAAGCCAAGUGGUUUGGUACUUGUGAAAGAACAAUUUCAUCAUCUUCCUUUGUUGAUGAAUUUUCGAGCUGUGACAAGCAACAGAAGACAAAGGCUUAUAUGCCGAAAGCUUCAAUGCUUACGUUUGAUUUGUUAGAGAACUUACCUAGGCUGCAACAAUUUACAGCAGUUCGAGUUUUGUGAUAUGUAUGUAUGUAUAUGAGAAAUGUAAUGUGGUUUUGAUGUAAUUUUGAUUGACAUACCGUUGUAAAUUCGAGAGAGAAGAAGCGGUGAUAUAUGUAUAAUUAGCGUCGACUAUUAAUAUGUAAAGGCUGUUGGGAGUAUUAUUAGUUCCAUAGAUCGUGAUUUUGAGCAA